UCGUGGUGUUGUUGACAGGCGACCGAAAGCCGGAUCGUGUAAUACAAGCUAAUUGUCUACAGUGGCUAUUCUGUCGACAGCUCUCAACACUUGAGGUUCCUGGUUCUAAUUAUAGAAGUCAGAACAGUUUGGAGCUGCGGAACUGAAACGAUUAGACAGAAAUGCCACUUGGAUUACACUAAUGAUUAGCUGUGAGAUCGGACACUACUCACAGGACAACUAUUGUUUACUGCGUGAGCAGCAGACCACUGUCAGGAAGAGGACUCUGGCUCAUCAGGACAUUGCCAUGGUGAUCGUGAACUGCAUUUCUUGUCUGAGCUUGGAACUGGUACUAUGAUAUUGGCGCCUGUCUACUGUUGCCAUGGUGACAUAUAUUUGAUAGCGGUUGGCAGCGACGGGACCAUGGACAGAGUUUCUUGCGAUUGAACACAUCCCUAACCUUGUGUCGCUUGUGAUGAUUGGCAGCUACGGACUCAUCAAAUACAUCCAUUGAUGAUGCAGAGUGGAUACAGCUCUGGAUAUUGGACGAAGUAUUAACGGAGGACGACCUACGAAGUUUGGAUAUCCAGUGGCAAUAUCAUGUUCUCUAAUUUGGGUUCAUGAACAGCUAUGUGUGAGACCUCCUGGGAAAAGUGAUUUAGAAUUUGAUUGUGACAUUACCGAUGUGUUUGGAAAGUUAGCGGAUUUUGAUUCUUCAUGACUGAGAAUAAUUUGUGUCAUGUGAGCUGACGCUCAUGCAUGGAUCAGUGGAAUAUCACUUUGCUUGUAAGACGAGGAAUCGUGUCAAAAGUUGAGAAGAAGUCUGAUGAUUGGAUGAUUCUAUUUGAAGGAUUCAUUCAGGAAAUGCUCCUUUUAAUGAAGUAGAUUUUCUUGUCGUUGGAAAUUGAUUUGUGCGAUUAGUGCAAAUUACAGAGGAUGGUUUGGAGGAAUGGAUUAACAGAGAGUCGUCAGCGGAAACAUAGAGAUGUGGUGAAACAAUCAGCUGAUUGACACGUUUAGGUCAUGAUGGAGACUGUUGCCAAGUAGUAAUGACAUUGAGUGACACCUGUCAAUCAGUUUGUUAAAACAGCAUGAUUCUGAUCUCGGUUUAAUUCAGUAUUUCAGUGGGAUAUUUGUUGGAUUCUGUGAAGCCCAUUUCUGGUGUUCCGCACCGUGAUAUUGCUGGAAUAUUGCUAAAAGCGGCUUAAAACCAUACUCACUCACUCGUUGGAUUUAGGGAGGUUCUAUGCAAGUAUAUUUUCAUUGGAAAAGCAACUUAACGGAUGAAUGAAUGAUGAAUUUCACUACGCCAGUUCCGGAGAAUAUAUCCGCUAACAGCACCGGUCCUUCUGAAGGAAAGGAAUGGCCACUUGUAUUCCAAGUGAUCGUCUCCUCAAUUCUCAUCGUAUCUGCUUUGUUGUCAGUCGUGGGAAAUGCCAUGGUGAUACUGGUAGUAGUCCGGCACCGUGGGAUGCGAACUCGGACCAACCUGUUUUUGGUGAACCUGGCCGUGGCAGACUUCCUUGUGGGGUGUCUCGCAAUGCCAGCAGCCAUUACAACAAUCAUAGCCCAAACAUGGAAGUUCGGAGAAGAAUUUUGUGUGAUACACGGGUUCAUUAAUCCGUUUUGUCUCGUAGCAUCCAUUCAUACUCUAAUGUACAUCAGUAUUCACAAGUGCUACUCGAUAACGCGUCCAUUCAGCAGUUCUUUUUCGUUACGGUGUGUACUUCUAAUGAUGGCCUGUACGUGGAUCUGGGCGGGAUUCAGCGGCACAAUCACAGUGGUCGGACUGAACAGCGUGACGUACAAGAAAGGCACGUCCCAAUGCGGACCUAAAUAUCCUCACGAUGAACCAACCUACGCCCACCAUGCUAUUUUCUUGAUAACUAAUUUUGUUGUCCCACUGUUAAUUCUUGUGUACUGUUACUUAAAAAUGUUCAAGGUGAUACGGGCUCACACAAAACGACUUCAGGAAAAUACUACUCUUGAACAGGACGUAAUACUUGCUCAACAGAAGAAGGUGGCUGUCACUUUGUUCAUUGUGUUGGCGUGUUACAUAACUUGUUGGAUACCAUAUAAUAUCUACACCAUAUAUGUGACCAGUCUGAAGGACAAGAACAACUUCUCCAUCUAUAUCAACCCUCUGGCGUACAUGUUCGGGUAUCUGAACAGUGCUUGUAAUCCCAUCAUCUACGCUUUCCGCAGCCCGUCUUUCCGAGAAGGAUACAAGGAGAUACUGUGCCAAAAUCCACAAUACGUCAUCACUGAUGGUGGCCAUUCAAGAAAAUUUGGUGAUUGCUCCACUAUGGGACUGCAGUCGAAAGUUCUCGAACCAGACACAUUACAUGAUGAUGGCGGGAUGAUGUCAUUUCGACGUUUGUCGAACCUCUUCUCAACUAGACGGAGCACUGGACGUUCUCCUUCUUCACCUGAUCCAGAGUUCAUGUAUCAUUCAACAUCAAGUCUUAACAGUCAAAUCAAGAAAAAUCCUCGGGCAAAUUUUAAGAGAGAGAAAAGUGUCACGGAACUCAUGCGAAAUGCAUCCAAACAUGGAAAUGGAACCUCCAUCAUUCGUCAAGAUGGGACAUCUGUAAUUAUGAAAGAAGGGAAAAUUGUCAGUGUUAGACAAAAGAAUGAAAUGCCGCGGAACAGUCCUUUGUUACAGGGGAGAGCACUGUUCAAAUUCAGAGAAACAACAGGGGGGACGACUAACAAAGUUGGAAAUGGCAGUACAGUAGAGUUAGCUCCCCUGAUUACAAAUGGCCGACUUUCUUCACAUGAAAACAAGAUGGAAGACAAUAAUUCUUGUGGAAGUGAUGAAGUGUUUGAUAAGGGUAAUGAAAUGAUGAGAGAAAAUACUCAAGAGACGAAUAUUUGUGAUGAAAUCGAAGGUGAAAGUGAUGCUAAUGAAAACAACAAGUUAAUUGCUAGUCCUGUUCAUGAAACUGAAAAUGCAGAAAAUAUGACUGCCAUUGUUGAAGAAGAAGUUAAAAUUGUUAUCAGUAUUAGUGACGAUGAUGGCAUCUUGAAUUCAAUGCCACUAACCCCAAAUACAAAGCAUCGGCUCACAAGGAGCGAUUUGUUCCUGGAUGUAGACAAAAGUGACAAUGAUGAUAAUCCAAAAGCAAAGAAAAGACUGAAAUGUGUGAGAAGUUCUGAAGUUUUGUCUAAAGCACCACUGCUGCGGUUUCCAUCGGUUGAACAUUUGGACAUUCCCGAAGGGUAUGCCACGAUCUGCUAGUGACAACAAUUUCAAGAAAAUCAAAUCUUCACCAAGACCGUCACCUCUUAUCCCAAGGAGAUGGACGUUUAGCAAGCUUAAAACAUGAUCUAUCCGAGAUGUUUAUUGUUGCAAUGAGACUUGUUAAGGUGAAUGAAAUACUGCAAAAUGUCUGUGUAUUUACAUUUUAGAAAUAUGUCACACAACAAUAUUCUCUGACAAUGCUGUUGAAAUGAUAAAUGUUACCAUUGCUACUGCUGAUGAAUAUACUGAAAUAUUUGCAUGUCUAUUCUGAAAGAUUUGAUGCUGCAAUGCUUUGAUAGACAUGUUUUAUUCUUAUAAGUAAGGUUGUCUCUUACAUAAGAAUCUUAUGAGAGACUGCUGUUGGUCUUGAAACGUUUUUUGCAGGGCAUCUUUAAUCUUGGAUGAUUCUCGAAAUAGUAUUAGUCCUUCACUUUCAAAUCAGUAUUUACAAGAGAAUGGAGGAAGCAGAAGAACAGAUAUGUCUGUUUUUUUAGUCCAUUCAGUUACCAUGUUCCAAAGAACACACUGAAAGGCAAAACGGUGAUGGUCACGUUCAUCUUUGAGAUUGUUAUGUUGACAACUUGUCUGAUUACCAGCUGGCUGCUGACAGAAUGGUCAAGAUGUACAGAUGGUUUUCAUCCUGAGCCGAAUCUUCCUGCGUCUGCUCGAGAACAGAGGCAGUUUGUAUGCAUAACAUAUUCCGUCUUAUAUCUGCAGCAACAGGUCAGAUCAUGCAAUAUCUCUCAGACUAGAAUGUGGACUUGAUUUCAUGGCUGUAGGUUUUUCAUGGGCCACACAUUUGUGACAUAAAAUGACAAAUAGCUAGGAAGAUACUGAAGUGGAGUUCUUUAGCGUCUAUUGAGAGUGACCUGAUUGCUUACAAUUGGCCCAUUUCUGGUGUCCCCUGCCAUGAUGUUAUUGGAAUGUUGCUAAAAGUGGCGUAAAACCAUACUUACUAGGAUGAUGGCAAAAUGGAGUUCUUCUGCAUCCAUUUUGACUGCACGAAAACUGAGGGACUUGAUCGCUUACAAUCAAAUCAGACCAUUAUAAUACCUGUAUUUAGGAUAUUGAUGGGAUUUCACAAAGCUACCCUGGAAUAUACUUACACAAGGACAUCAAAGAGUCACGAACACUUAGAAAAUUGUGACUUUUUGAGGAUUGUUUAACAGGGCUAUUUGUUCAACCUUCAUGAAUUACCAUGCAUCCUUGUUUGACAAUUUUCAAAAAUAAUCAAGGAAAAGAAAUGAUUUCAUAAAUAAUGUCACAAGGUAUAUGAGGCAACAAUGCCCCUGACUUGUUCAUGAACAACUUAUCUCUUCGGGAUCUGCUAUUUGAUAUUCUGUGGGGUUGUAAUGACAACAAAUCAAAAGGUAACGUUAUCAUGAAAACAUUAUUGCUAUUCAAAACAAGAAUGAAUUCAUAGGCUGUGCUAUGUCAGAGAUGUUGACUAUUUUUUAAGUGUAUGCCAUUUGAAAUUAUGGAAAGAGUUUUGUAUUUUGUAUGGAGACAAGAUAUUUAUUCCGGUACAGCUGCAAAACCAAACACCUUUUCAUGAAAACAAUGAGUCUACAGAUUUUAAAGAAAAUACACCCUGCAACAAUAUAUUCUUUCACAGUUUCUUUCAACAGUCCGAACCAAAUUU